AUGGAAAAAGGAAGUCUAGAUCCUUGGCUGCACCCUAGAGAAGAUGACGGAUCUCAAAGUAAGACAUUGAGCCUCAUCCAAAGGCUCAAUAUUGCCAUUGAUGUUGCUUGCGCGUUAGAUUACCUACACAAGGAUUGUGAAACUCCCAUUGUUCAUUGUGAUCUAAAGCCAAGCAAUGUCCUUCUCGAUGAGUAUAUGGUAGCCCAUGUUGGUGACUUUGGUUUAGCAAGCUUCCUCUUCGAAGCAUCAAAUAAUCAUUCCAAAAGUCAGACCAUAUCAGCUAGGCUAAAGGGUUCCAUAGGCUACAUUCCUCCAGAAUAUGGCAUGGGAGGUCAAGUUUCUAUUCUGGGAGAUAUCUAUAGCUAUGGGAUUCUAUUGCUAGAAAUGUUCACAGGGAAAAGGCCAACGGACGAAAUGUUCAAAGUUGGUCUAAGCAUUCACCAAUUCACAGCCAUGGCUUUCCCUGACCGUGUCAUGGACAUAGUUGACACUUCAUUGGUCCUGGAAGCAGAUGAGGAUAAUGAUGACAAAUACAGCAAUGACAUACAAGAAAGGGCGAUAGCCAGGUAUAAGGAUAAAGGCCGAGUGAAAGCAAGAAGAUUGGAAGAAUGCUUGAUUUCAGUGAUGCAGAUUGGUCUCUCAUGCUCCACAGUAUCACCAAGUGAGCGCAUUCACAUGAAUGUGGUUGUGAACAAGAUGACUGCAAUUAGAGAUUCCUAUCUCAAAUCGACCAAGACCAAGUUUGUCACCUAA